ACGGUUAUCCCAACUAUGCGAUAUUUAGUAUUAUUUACAGUUGUGGCCGUGGCGGCAGCCGCGCCGAGGCCCGGUGGCCUCGUCGGCGGCUACGGCCUCGGCGGUUACGGCCUCAGCGGCUACGGCCUCGGCGGGUACGGACUGGGAGGCUACGGGCUAGGCGGACUAGGACAUGGGGUGUCAUCAGUCAGCCUAGUACAGCAACCAGUAGCGGUUGCGCAACCCGUAGUGCAUGCCGCCCCGGUAGUGCAAGCGGUCCACGCUCCCGUAGCUAUAGCUAAACCUGCUGCCACUAGCUACUCUUCGUUCCAACAGGUUGUCCACCCAGUCUCAUACGCGCAACCAGUCGUCCACGCCGCUCCAGUUAUCUCACACGCACCAAUCGCGCAACCCAUCGUACAUGCGCCCAUCGCACAACCCAUCGUUCAAUCGUACGGAUCGUACCACGCGCCAGCGAUCGCGUCCGUGGGCUACGGACACGGAUGGUAGUUACCAUUGUACCACCGUUAUAUGCGUCGAGAUCGUCAGUAGUGACAAUAAAAAUUUGUACCCUG